AUGGCAACCGUCCUCGCCGUGGGCGUCGGAGUCGCCGCCGCAGCUUUCUUCGUACGUUGCGCGCACAACCGCCAUCCAAGCACAUCUGGCUGAUAAACCCCCCCCCCCCCACAAAAGGGUCGCGCAGGACUCGUCGCAUUACGAAGAUACCGAGGAGGAACAAGUGCGCUCGGGAAAGCAUACUACAAGGGCGGUUUCGAAAAGCAGAUGAACCGGAGAGAAGCAGCGUUGAUAUUGGAGACCUCGUGAGCAUACAUAACCCACCUUGCACACACGCGAGCGCGAGCGCAGGCCGACUUACUUUUGUCAUCUUGCAGAGAGCGAGGCGUCACGAGAGACAUCAUACGCAAAAAGCACCGGCAGAUGAUGCUGCUCAACCACCCAGAUCGAGGAGGAAGUCCAUACCUCGCGACCAAGAUCAACGAAGCGAAAGAGUUUUUGGAAAAGGGAGCGCCUUGA